CAUCAAUUGGGAUUUCGGCAAUCCAAAAACGCACGUAUUGCGAUAUUUGAGGGGAUAAAUUCCUUCGGUCCCAAAACUUUACGAUAGAUUAAUAGAACAAAAAAAGUCAUUCAUUCAUUCAUUUGUUCAUAUGCUCAAAAUGUUCGGUCGACGAUUUGAGCCACCGACGACCAAGAGCUUCUCCAAGACUCAAAAGGUCAACAAGUCUAGCUCGUCUUUCAGUAAAACCAGCGGCGUCUCCAAGAGUAGACAUGAACCCCGACAGCACCGCCGCCCAGCGACUGCGUCGUCUUCGGACAUCCAUAUGGAAACUGGACUCUCGCCACCUGGCACCUUAACUCCCUCCAUCGUCACACUGGUCGUCGGCAGCGACCAGCGCAUCUUCGCCGCCCACGAGGACGUCCUCCGCGCCUCGCCGUGGUUCCAACAAGCCCUGUCGAACCAGUACAUGGAGGGCCAGAACUCGAAGCGCAUCCACCUCCCGGACGAGGAGCCCGAGAUCUUCUCGUCCGUCUUGGAAUAUCUGUACAAGGGGGACUACUACCCUCGCCUGAUCCACAAUAAGCGUCGGAACUCGUGGGAGAUCGAACAGAUCGAGGACGACGACCGCGGCUCGAAGGAGGCGACGGUAUACCACCGCGGCGUGGACGGCGAUGUCCUCAAGGACACCGUCGUCUAUUGCACAGCCGAGAAAUAUGGUCUCGAGGAACUCAAGCGAGUUGCCUUGCGCAAGCAGGGUCUUCAGUCCGGCAUUCAAUGCAGCACCAUCCUGGCAUCGGCGCGCUACGCGUAUGCCAAUACCCCAGACACGGACUCCAAGUUACGAGCACACUACCUCGCUCUCAUCAUCCGGAGCCGCAGCACCUUCAAACGAAGCGGCACCAUGCAGCUAGAGAUGCUCAACGGCGGCACGCAGCUCUUUUUUGAUCUUUUCGUCGCUCUAUGCAACCAUGUCGACGACAUCUCUUCCACUCAAAGCACGCCUCGAAGCAACCGCCACUUCUUUUAAUGCGCUUCGUCUUGUCCAUUAUAAUACUCCUAUCUCAUGCUGGCUUCUUAUUG